CACGUGUACACAGAGAACUCGCGGUUUGUGGAAGAUGACACGUUUUCUUCAAGCUUCAGUGCCUCUGAGUCUGAGCUCUCUGUCCAAAAGACUCAGCCUUUCUUCUUCCACUCGCCUUCAACUUCGAUCCUUCUGCUGCAAAAUGUCGUCUGACUCGCCACCCUUAACUCACUCUAUCACUCUCCCGAGUCAACUCACCGAACCCGUCGAGAUCGUCGCUGCCCCCAAUAUCUCCCAUUCCGAGUUCAGGAGUGCUAUCGAUUCGUCUUUGUUCAAGCAGUGGCUGAAGAACAUGGAAAGUGAAAAUGGGGUUUUGUACGGCGGUGCAUUGUCUCUUAGACGAGUUCUAAUUCAGGGUGUGGAUAUGUUCGGAAAGCGCAUUGGGUUUUUGAAAUUUGUUGCAGAUGUGUUUGAUAAAGAAACUGGGAAAAAGGUUCCAGGUAUUGUGUUUGCACGAGGACCGGCUGUAGCUGUGCUUAUUCUUUUGGACUCGGAGGACAAGACCUAUGCUGUUCUUACUGAACAGGUUAGAAUCCCUGUCGGAAGGGUCAUACUGGAGUUGCCCGCUGGAAUGUUGGACGACGACAAGGGCAAUUUUCUCGGCACUGCUAUUCGUGAGGUUGAAGAGGAAACUGGCAUAUGCCUAAAACAAGAAGACAUGGUGGACCUCACAGCAUUCCUCGACCAAUCUACUGGAGGCAGAAUUUUUCCUUCCCCAGGAGGGUGCGAUGAAGAAAUCAGUCUCUUUUUGUACAGAGGGCAGGUGAAUAAAGAGAUUAUUGAGCAGCUGCAAGGAAAAGAGACAGGUCUUCGAGAACACGGGGAGCUGAUUAAGGUUUGUGUGGUUCCCUAUGAAAAGCUCUGGUGCAUGACAGCCGAUGCAAAGGUUUUAGCAGCCAUUGCGCUCUAUGAAAUGGCAAAAAAAGAAGGGCUCUUGCCUCACUUGAAAGCAUGAGCUGCUAAUUAUUGUAGCAACUGUAUCCUAUUUUUGGUUUGGUGGGUUUUGAUGUUUGCCAGCACAGUUGGUGCUAGAUCCUGACUGGAUUUUCUUCUCUGCUGUGUAAAGUUUCUUUUGGUUCUGUUAUUUUCUAUUUAUUAUUGAGCGGUAGAGUUCUUCUUGCCGGGUUUACAAGCUGUGAUUGUUGAUGUUGCUACAAUUAUUUGCAUAUAGCAUGGUUUCUGUAUCAGUCGGCCCUGGUAGCAACAGUUAAAGAAUGUUCACUCUGUUCUUUUC